AUGGAGCUCAGAAGGGGACAGUCUUGGCUGCUAAUCCCACUCUUGGUGCUACUGACCUGUGUCCAGCCCAGGAUGGGUCUCGAGUACAUCAGCUAUGUGCCCCAGCUCUCUGGUGCCACCCUGGCGGGGAAGGUCACCCAGUCCACCUUCACACUGGCGCAACCCCAGGGCCAGUUCGAUGGGCACAACAUCUCGAACUUUAAUCCCAUCUGGCUGGUGGUGGCCCGCGGCAAUGCCACACAGAAGUUCACUGCUCCACCGAGGGUAGAGGACAGUGUGGCCCCUGCCAGAUUCUCCCAGAAUGGCUUCUACCUCACACUGAGGGCCAGCCGGGCACACUACCCAAGUGGCCCGGCUGGCAACCAGGUCCGUGUGCUCCGUGUUGGCAACAGUACCAGCUGCUCCCCCACAAAAGUGGGCUGCAACCCCCCGCUGCCAGGCUCGGGUCCCUACAGGGUGAAGUUCCUUGUGAUGAGUGACAAGGGACCUGUGGCUGAGACGGAUUGGUCCAACGAGUUGCACCUGCAGCAAGCCCAGGCAUUCCAGGCCAUCCCAGGGACCCAGAGCCCAGGCACCGUGGUCAUCAUCACCAUGCUGACAGUCCUGCUGGCCAUCCUCGCUGCCGUGCUACUCAUCCUCUCCAUACACACGUGCUUUGACAGGUGCAGGAGCGCGCCCAUCUCCGGCCCAGGGGAGCAGGUGCCAGUCACCAACUACAACGUCCACCGCAUGCAGAGUCCUGCAGCCAGAGAGGACCUGUGA